AAACAUGGCGAUCGUCUGGGUUGGUAGGGGCAGUUGCAAUGGACGAGUCUAAAUUUAUUACCCCUACCUUUACCAGUUAUGGUCUGAUCCAGGAGCUGUUACUGUGGUGCACUGGCUUACAAAAAGCAUCAGCGAGAUAACCUACAUCCAUUCGGCAACUAGACAUGGCAGCCAUGUUAAAUCAAAGCAAUGCUUCCAUUAUGGCUGCUGUCGCACUGCUGGCGGGACUGUUGAUGUUCAAUACAUCUCUGAUACUGGUGUUUGUCACUGUAUUACUAAUUCUAUGGCUGUCAACGCGGCGUCACCCUGGACUUCCCCCCGGGCCCCCUCUUCUACCACUGGUGGGCAACAUUUUUCAAAUGGAUGCCGAUCCCCGAGUGACUUUCAGCAAACUGCGACGUCAGUAUGGCGACAUCUUCAGCGUGUACAUCUUCCACAAGCCCGUCAUCGUCCUCAACGGCUACAAUGUCCACAAAGAGGCCCUGGUCAAGAACGCUGAUGUUUUCUCAGACAGGCCUCACUCCUUCCUAUCGGAUAUCUUUGGUCACAACAAAGGAAUAUUAAGCACCAACGGCUCUACAUGGAAAGACAUGAGAAAGUUCGCUGUCACCACUCUCAGAGAGUUCGGGGUGGGAAGGUCAACCAUUGAAGAGAAAAUACAGCAAGAACUGGAUAAACUUUUGAAAGCAUUUGAGGAUGAAGGUUCGAAUGAGUUUGAUUGUAAACGACAUGUCCACACUGCUACGUCUAAUAUCGUUUCUGACCUUUGUUUCGGAAAGCAUUAUGAAUAUAAUGACCCACGAUUCAUCAGGCUGCUAGACGCAGUAGAGGAGAUGAUUACUGAUUUAGGAGCUGCAAACGUGUUGGAUGUGUUUCCAGCUGUGAGAUUUCUACCGGGAGAUUUCUUUAACUAUAAACGCCUUAUGAGAAACAUCCAAGUACUGGAGAAAGAAGUAGCUAAACACAUUGAGGAACACGUCAACAACUACGAAGAAGAUGAACCCGUUGAAGACUUCACCUCCGCUUUCCUCAAAGAGGUGCGACGCCGCAAGCAAAGAGACGAGACUUUUGAUGAAAGUCACCUAUCGAUGUUUCUGAUUGAUAUCUUCACACCCGGAACGUAUGAUAAUGCCAACAGCAUCAAAUGGUCACUACUACACCUACUUCAUUACCCGGAAGUUCAGGAGAAGUGUUUCCAGGAGAUCCAAGAACACGUCGGGUUCAACAGACGACCCUCCAUGAAGGACAAGACCAGCCUUUCUUACGUAGAAGCCACGCUUUCAGAAGUCCUGAGACACGCAGACAUGGUACCCACAGGGGUGCCACACACAGUCCCCCACGAUGUCCAGUUCCAGGGCUACACGUUCCCCAAGGGUGUCACUAUUAUUCCUAUGUUGAACUCUGUACUUCAUGAUCCGGCAACGUGGGGGGAUCCACAAAAUUUCAGACCUGAACGCUUCCUUGACCAUGAAGGGAAAUUCCGAAAGAGGGAUGAAUUAGUUGCUUUUUCUCUUGGACGCCGAGCAUGUCCUGGGGAGUCACUAGGCCGCAUGGAACUGUUCCUGGUUCUUACCACAUUGAUUCAGAGGUUCAAGUUCGUCCCUCCGAGUGGAACGCUGCAACCACUGAUAGGAAUAAUGGGCUUUGCCAACAAUGCUCCCCCUUUCAAGUGCAAAGCCAUUCCAAGGAACAUUUGAGAGGAUAGCCACUGUUUUAGAAUGGUUACAUUGCUUAGCACCUUAUGGUUCCAUGUGAAACGAAUUUUGGUUUUAUUUGAGAAAUUUGAGAUGUUCUAGAUGUCAAUCAUCAAUGUAUAUUUCAGUAUAAGAGCAGUGUCAGUUCGGAAACAAUAUCUAAUAUCUUGCUUCGACUGUCCUGGUUUAACACAUUGUAAAAUGAAAGAGAAUGUGUGCUCCAUUUUUAUUGGUUUAAAAGAGAUAUCAUCCCCGGAAAUAUUUAAGCCAUUACUCUGUGUAUGUAUACUUGGCUUUACAAGUAUAUUUGGCAAUCACACAUUCUGUGACACAUAAAACGUUCAGUUAAGAAACUCCUUUGUAUUUGUUAAAGUGGCUUUUUGAACCUUUUUUUGUGUUACUGGCAGAUUAUAGCUUUACAUCAUUCUAUUCAUUAGGAAAUUUGCCAGAUGUGAGGAUUUCAUUAAAUAGAGUUACAUGUAUGGAUGAGAUAUAUCCUUUGAACUUUUUUAUGUGUUCUCAGUGUAUUUCGUAGUUUUCAAAUCUCGUAUAGGAGUAUUGUGACAAAUAAAAUGAUUGAGAUAAAA